AUGCCGUUUCGCACUUCUCUCGUGCAGACAGCAUCGUCAGCUACUUGGGACGAGCCCAGCGGCAAGACGGGCAGCGGCAAGAAGUUCUUCCACAACAUCAUCGAUGGCUCGAAGGUGCCCACCGAACCCUUCUACGUGGCGAUCAUCACUCCCGUGAUCCACUACUGCAUGGGUGGGCUCGAGUGCACCGUGGACGCCGAGUGCAUUGACAAGAAGUCGGGCAAGGUCAUUCCUGGACUUUAUGUUGCUGGCGAGGCGGCUGGUGGCAUCCACGGCAACAACCGCCUGGGUGGAAACUCUUUGCUGGACUGCGUUGUGUUUGGCCGAGUUGCUGGCAAGGCCGCGUGCAAGUUCACCUUCGGUGCUGGCGAGAAGUUCAAGCCUUGCCCUCCGCCCGGUCUUGCAGCUGGAUUUCCACUCGACUGGCAAGUGAAGAUGCCGCUGUCCGUCAGUGGCUUUGUAUGCUCGGGGACAUUCAGCUAUGCCAGCUCGACCUUCAUUCCCUCGAUGCACCUGGUGAACAGGCAGCCUCGCAAGGUCUACGGCAGUUACGAGUUUGUGCAGCUAACCACCGGUGCGGCAAAGCUGGCCACCCGACCUCAAAUGGAGCUCGUGACAGAGAAGCGUUCAGCCAUUCCGAUCGCGGAGAGGAAGGCAGAAGCCGUCGCGGGGAAUAUGGCCAGCCUAUUGGAGGGCCGGCCAUCCGAACAAGUCAAGGGGCAGGUCAGCGAGUGGCAGGCCCUGUGCAAAGACCUCCUGCUUGACAUGGAACAGGUUGGCGAUUCCAUCAAGGUGGACGGCCUCCCCAAGGGCAUCGCCGACAAAGUUUGGAUGCAGAAGCCGGAAGCCAAGUGCGCACGCUUACAGAAGAAGCAAGAAGAGGCUGUCGAGGAGAAGCCGAAGGAGAAGACGAGCAAGAAGGCCGCAAAGCAGAAUGCAGUGACGGCGAAGAAGCAAGAGCUGAAGAUCGAGAAGGAGAUGCAGGACCAAGCACUGAGAAAGAAGUGGCUGGGCAGAAUUGAGGUCACAGUCGCUGCACAUGUCUUCUCGGGUUUCACAUUAGGGACAGGCUUGUCGAGGUACGACAAUGUUCGUUUGCAACCGCUUGAAUGCACCCCUUGUGACGCCAUGCGCUGGGAUCACUCCGGACUUGCUCUGGACACCCUGACGGGGUGGGGUGGAACGGGUGGAACGGGUACUGGAAGACCUCGCCAUGGCCAGGAGCUCGCAUCCUUCCUGAGCGUUAAUGACUCCACUCUCAUUCCAAAGGCCUCGAAGCGGAGGGAGGGCGACUUUGUCUCAUUCUUCAAGGCAGAGGACUUGGCCCCGCCGGGUGGGCUGCCACCUCCCAAGGGCUGGGGAGAAGGCAACGACUCGCCUUGCAAGACUUGUUCAUGUGGAGACCAGUACGAGGAGGAAGGUGCGGAACAAGGGAAGGUGGAAAAAGGAUAUCCGAAGAUGGUCUUCCCCAAUGUUCCACAUCAUUCUUUCUUCCCGCACAAACGAGGUUACAAGCUCAGCCAGUUCAAAGUCUUCGCCUUGUUCUUUGCAGGCUUAGGCUGUGGAUAUGCUGCUGCCAAGUCGCUCACGCAGAAGGAGCAGCCAAUGGAGUUGGCUAGAAACGAGGAGGUCGCUGGUGCUCGCACGGCUGCGUCAUAG